AUGGCUGCCGUAUCACAACAACUGCGCCCCGUGCUUCCCGAGCGAGGCACAACUAUCGCCAUACCAACCACAGCACCUCCAGCGUUGAUUUCGAGUGAUGCCAAUCAGACUCGUAUACGGAGCCGAUCCAUGCUUGACACUUAUGCUUCUCCUGUCAAUCAGAAUGGCAGCUUCGAGUUUGAUCGCGAGGUUAAGAGCGGCCAUGUACAAAAGCGCACCCAAAAGACCAAGACCUGGAAAUCCAUCUACCUCGUUUUGCGACCCAACGCCCUUUCGCUGUACAAAACGGACAAAGAGGACAAGCUGAGACACAAGAUCAACCUGUCCGACCUUACUGCUGUAGCCCUGCUCCGUGAUCCAAAGCAAAAGCGAAAGCAUGUCUUCGGCUGCUUUUCACCCGCCAAAAACUACCACUUCCAAGCGAAAGACGAUAACGACGCUCAGAAAUGGGUUGACCUAAUACGGACAUAUGCAAGGAUUGACGAAGAAGAGGAGGAAUUGCUACUGGCAAGUCCCGUCGCUCAACGAGGAUCGUACCUACCACCUAUUUCGAAUGGCAGCUACGCCGAUCCGGCCUUGCGUGAAAGGGUGACAUCCAGCUCUCCCGAGCCCUUGGACCCUCCCGCGCCUCGCUUUAUGUCUACCGAUAAACGUCGUCCGUCCAACAUGUUGGAUUCUUCGGGCUACUCUGGCAAUGAAUUGGCCUCUCAUUCCGACUUUUCCGACACUGAAAUGCAACGCCUUCGGGGCAUGUCCAUUGAGGACCUCGCUGGGCAGUCUCCACAAGACAGCGGCGUCUUGUCAGACUCAGGCCUACCCGACAGGCCACAGAUGAAACACCGGAACUCAAGCCAGGUCAGCGGCCUCAACCUCGAGCACGACCCAGAUCGUGUUAUUUGGCAAGGCUGGCUGUGGUUCCUUCGCAACAAGGGAGGGGUACGGCAAUGGAAGAGGCAGUGGGCUGUGCUGCGGCCUCGAAACUUCAUUCUCUACAAAGACGAGUCCGAGUACACUGCGCAAUUCCUUCGACCCAUGUCAGCUGUCGUCGACGUUGUGGACAUCGAUCCGGUCAGCAAGACCAAAAGCCACUGUCUGCAGCUCAUCACCGACGAGAAGAGCUACCGCUUUUGUGCCCCUGAUGAAGAGUCGCUGGUGCUCUGUCUGGGCGCCUUCAAAAGUCUCCUUGCCAAACGGCGAGAGUUAGAGGCACGAGCAGCCGCAAAUGCAAGCCAUGCGACUGCGAUACCGGCACCGGUGAGCACUGUGUAA